CCUAGUAAUCCGUGGUGAAAAGGAUGAACAAGCAGUGUUGUGCAGCAAAGAUAAAACUUAUGACAUGAAAAUAGCAGAUACCUCAAAUAUGCUGCUAUUUAUUCCUGGUUGCAAAACGCCAGAACAGCUGAAUACAGAUCAAGCAUCUUGCAAUAUUAUUCAUUCACAGAUUGCGGGCUUCUCCAAUAACUACUGGGAAUUAAGGAGAUGUCGACCUAAACUGAAGAAACUCAGGAAGCUUUUAAAGGAAGAUCCCUAUGAAGGGCCAGAUAGUCGGAAAGAUCAGACUUGGACAUUGUCAAAGUAUACGACGCAAGAUUUGUUAAAUCUGAUUCAAGCAAGUGAAGAAGAAAUACUGCGCCAAUUGCAGGUUAUAGAUGCCUGCAAAAUUGAAGGGUACUGGAGAAUUCUAGAAUUUGACUAUGAGAUUAAACUCUUGAAUCACGUGACUCAGCUAAUAGACUCAGAGUCCUGGUCUUUAAGUAAGGUUCCUUUACGUACCUGCCUUGAGGAACUUGGAUCCCUAGAGCCCAC